AUGGGUUGGUGGUGUAGUUGGGUAGCAACCAGAAGAGCACUAUAUCUCCUGGCUUUGUGGAUGAAUGCUGAGGACCAAAAUGCUGUGUUGUUUGUGCUUGCACUUGGAUGUUGUCUGGGAUUCACCAGGCCAGAUCAGAAGGUACACCUUGACUACCUUGAAGCUGGUGCUGAUAUUAUUAUCGCAGCGUCCUAUCAGGCCACCAUACAGGGGUUUGAAGCAAAAGGCUUUUCUAGGGAAGAAAGUGAAACCUUGCUUAAAAAAAGUGUGGAAAUUGCCCUCGAGGCAAGGGGUAUAUAUUAUGAAAGAUGUAAUAAAAAUUCUCGUGAUGGGUUAGGAGAUGGUAGGAUACUGAAAAUUCGUCCCAUCUUAGUUGCAGCAUCUGUAGGCAGCUAUGGGGCUUAUUUGGCUGAUGGAUCUGAGUACAGUGGGGACUAUGGUGAUGCAAUGACAAUAGAAGCUUUGAAAGAAUUUCAUCGCAGAAGGGUUCAGGUCCUGGCAGAAGCGGGUUCUGACCUAAUAGCAUUUGAAACAGUUCCAAACAAGAUAGAAGCUCAGGCUUAUGUCGAACUCUUACAGGAAGAAGGCAUAAAGAUUCCUGCAUGGUUCUCUUUCAACUCAAAAGAUGGCAUCAAUGUAGUUAGUGGUGAUUCUUUGCUUGAAUGUGCAUCAAUUGCCGAAUCAUGCAAGCAAGCUGUUGCUGUUGGAAUCAACUGCACACCUCCUAGAUUUAUUCAUGAGCUGAUUUUAGCUAUUAAGAAGGUCACUACCAAACCAAUAAUUAUAUAUCCCAAUAGUGGUGAGAGGUAUGAUGCAGAUCGGAAGGAAUGGGUGGAAAAUACUGGAGUCUCAGAUGAAGAUUUUGUCUCCUACGUAAGCAAAUGGUGUGAGGUUGGGGCUUCCCUGGUAGGAGGUUGUUGUAGAACUACUCCUGAUACUAUCCGAGCCAUAUACAGGGCACUUUCUCCUAGAUCCCCUGAUGCACCCAUGCAGUAAAUAAAUAGAGCAGGUUGAUUAUGUAUGCAACUGGAUGCUGAGGUGCCUUAACUUUUAAGUUUCUAACUUCUUUCCCAGUUUUAGUUUGAAGACAAUACCUGCACAAGCUUUGCCUAACAUCUGGUGUGAAUUGCUAGUGCCGUGUUUCCUUAGUUUUUAUUUUAUAUUUUUGGUCUAACUGAUGUUUGUUGAAGGUUAAAUACUUAUGUGUAGUAUUGGCCUUUAGUUCAAGCAAAGCAAAGCAAUGUUGUUGGUCUUUAUCCCUA